UAGAAUAAGUGAUAUAUAAUGAGGUUAACUGUUCAAUUUUUCAAUACAAUAAAAAUGUCCAACCCGACCACGGAAACUCUAACGUCGAUAUUCCUCAAAUCAGUAAGUUCGGUUAAUCCGAAGCAUUUGCUCCGUAAAAGUGUGGAAGUGCAAGCUAACAAACUCAUCGUGUGUAAAGAUAUCUACAACCUGACAAGGCCGUGCUAUCUGGUCGGUAUGGGUAAGGCAGCGUUCGAUAUGGCUCGCGAAAUUGAAGAGAUCUUGGGCGAUAACUUGAGGGAAGGUGUAGUAAACGUCCCCUUCGGCGCGAUGAAAAGCGAUAAGAGUUCGCGUAUUCGCUUCGUAGAGGGCGCCCACAACAACCUUCCCGACGAGAACGCAGAAAGGGGCGCGAGACUGAUCAAAGGCUUAAUCGAAAAACUCGAAGUCGAUGAUUUACUUCUAGUUUUAAUUUCCGGUGGCGGUUCUGCCCUACUUCCAUUACCCAAACAUCCGCUGACGUUAAUGGAAAAAUUAAAUAUAACGGAAAGUUUGGCAAAGCGCGGGGCGAACAUUUGCGAAUUAAAUUCGGUACGCAAGCGUUUGUCGGUUUUGAAAGGUGGCGGAUUGGCGAAAUUGGCGUAUCCGACACCAGUCGUUUCUCUAAUUAUAUCGGAUAUCAUUGAUGAUCCUAUUAGUUCGAUAGCGAGCGGGCCGACAACUCCAAAUUUGGACGAGUCGCAUGUUGCAAUUGAGGUGCUGAAGAAAUACUCCUUGUACGAUGAGCUUCCAGUUCACGCAGUAAGGAUUCUCCAGGAAACCGACACUUGUAAUCCCACCGAGACGUUUCCGCACGUACGCAAUUACAUUAUUGGAAAUAAUCAAAUAGCCGCAAACGCCGCCUUGUCGCAUGCCACAGCAUUAGGUUAUCAAAGUUUCGUGUUAUCAACAAGGGUGCAAGGUGAAGUUGGGAGAAUUAGUGAAAUUUAUGCGGAACUCGCACGCCAAGUCGCAUCUCUGAUUAUUUCCAACAAAGGCGAAUGUGAAAAUUUCAAACUUUUUCUCGAAACUUUUAAAUCGGAGCUCGGUAUAUCCGAAUUCGCCUUUAACGAGAUUACCAAUUUUAAUUUCAAAUCCUGUUCCGGAAUCUGUUUGAUAUUUGGAGGUGAGCCGACGGUAACGGUCAAAGGGAAAGGCAAAGGGGGACGAAACCAACAGUUAGCUCUAAGCUUCUCCAUUGAAAUUAACAAGCUGAACGUUGAUUCCGCAAACAUUUCAUUUCUUAGUUGCGGAACAGAUGGAAUAGACGGCCCCACAGACGCCGCGGGUGCAUUUGGAACUUCUAAUUUAGUUAGUGACGCCUUUGUACAGAACAUAAACCCAACUCAAUUUCUGGCAGAUAACGAUUCUUACGGCUUUUAUACCAGAUAUAGACAUGGAAAAUAUUUGGUUCGAACCGGCCAUACCGGUACGAACGUUAUGGACAUUCACAUACUAAUCGUAUCGCCGAAAGCGGAAUGACAUUUUGUUUAGUUAAUUAAUAAUUUUGUUCAGCUUUGUGUUCGGCUAAUGUACGUGAUUAAUGAAUAUUAGGAUUUGCAAAAGUGAAAAGGGUCCUGGGAUAACCGAAUAGUCUAAUUAAUUUAAAUACCUUUAAUAAACAACGUGCUCGCUCAAAGCCCUUUUGCUACAUAAUAUAUUAUAAUCUUGAUGUAAUAUGAAUAUAAAUAAAUUGA